UUUUUUUUAGAAAAAAACAGAUUUGCAAGUAGAGAUGCUUGCCUUUGAAGAACAAAGAAGGUAAUCACUAUCUCCUCCAUUUUCCUUUAACCUAAAACUAAUCAUUGCAGAAUUGUUUGUUCUCCUUCCGCAUCUCUCUCUCUUUCUUCUCCGUUGAUCGGAAAACAGUGACCAGAAAUGGCUCGAGCCGGAGGAAUAACAAACGCGGUGAAUGUAGGCAUAGCAGUACAAGCAGAUUGGGAAAAUCGUGAAUUCAUAUCUCACAUCUCUCUCAACGUCCGCAAACUCUUCGAUUUCCUCGUCCAAUUCGAGGCGACGACGAAGAGUAAAUUGGCGACACUGAAUGAGAAGCUUGAUACACUGGAACGUCGUUUGGAACUGCUUGAAGUCCAAGUCAGUACAGCAACUGCUAAUCCAGCUCUGUUUAAUGUUUGACAUGAUGCAAGCAUUGUACUAAUAUUCUCAAUCUGUAAGUUUAGGGAUCUCGCCAUCUCCUGCUAGUGAAAUUUUAUUUCCCUCUAGCAAUUAUGAAUGAUCUAUGUUUUCACAAGAUGCUGUUUGAAUAUUGCACCAAAGUUGGGGUGAGAGAGGGAUUUCUUGGACUCAGUAAAACAUGUUUGCAGUGAGCCAGUGACUAUUCAAGAACUCUAUCCUAUCUUUUGACCCAAGGAUUUCGGCUAUCUGAUCUCAACUCAUUUCAUAUAAUCUUCAAAGUACGGAUGUCAUCGUUAUUAUGGAAAGAUAAGCCCUUAAUAAGCCGUGAGCCGCUGCACAGUCUUUUAACGUACACGGUUACAUUUGAGGGUGAUUAAGAGUAAUUUUCUCUUAUUCCUUUUUUAUUUUAUAAAAGAAGUGAUGCUACUUAUCAGGGUUUAGGUAGAUAAAAUCUCCUGUUAUUUGAUGUCGGCCGAACCCUAAGUUUGGAUUGUGCAGCUUUUCAGUGAUGUGAGAUGUGAAGUUUCAGAUUUGUUGUGGAUUGAAUCUUAUUCUUUGAUAGGUUAAUGCUUCAGUAA